CCAAUCAGCUGGAUGCCAACACCUGUAAAACACGAAGAAGAAGAAGAAGUAGAACAUGAUCGUCAUUUCCUGUAGCCUCACUUGAUGCACUGACUUACAUUUUCAAUCGCUCCUUGUGAAGGGGAAGGAAAUAUGUCAGGUGCUGGGGGAGGAAAACGUCCCUCAGGAGGGGACAGCCCCCCUGGCCCACCUGAGAAGAAAAGCAAAAAAGAGGAGAAGACCACCACCACUCUUAUUGAGCCCAUACGCAUAGCUGGAGUCUCCUCUACGGAGGAAAUGGACAUGAAGGUCCUCCAGUUCAAGAAUAAGAAGCUGUGUGAGCGCUUGGAGCAGAGACAGACUAUGGAGGAUGAGUUACGAGAGAAAAUUGAGAAGCUGGAGAAGAGACAAGCCACCGAUGACACCACCCUGCUGAUUGUCAACCGCUACUGGUCGCAGUUGGAUGAGAAUGUGCACAUUCUACGCAAACGUAUUGAACCAGAUGCUCCUGUGACAUCUACCCCUGCACCACCAGCGCCCCCUCUUCCUGAACCGACACCAAUGGAGGAAGAUGGUGUCAUUUUGGCGUCACCAACUUCUGCCGUGCCUCCACCUCCACUCCCAGAGGCUCAGAACGAGGGGGAGCAGGCAGAGCAGCAGCAGGAGGAUCGUCAAGAAGAGCAGAAGCAGCCCCCUCCUCCUACUGGGUCAGAAGAGUUGGUGACACCCACAAAGCUGCCACAGGACUCAACAACAGCCUGCCGGCAGCUCGACAAUAUGUGCAAGCAAGUCCAGGCUGCAGCAUGUGAGGACGAUAGCCAGUCUGACAUCAUCAAUAUGAACCACACUCUGCUGGAGGAGAACAAUCGUCUGCGAGACCUGGCGACUCUCCUGCAGGGCCGACACCACAAGAUGUCCAUGGAGUACAAUGAGUUAGUGGACAAGGUGACCAGCUCGGAGACCAAAGUGUCUGAGAUGGAGACGACGGUGGAGGACCUUCAGUGGGACAUUGAGAAACUCCGCAAUAGGGAACAAAAGCUCAACAAACAUCUGGCAGAAGCCAUGGAGCAGCUGAAGUCUGGAUACAGCAGCACCGGCAGCUCAGGUGGACUUCCUGGAGGCCAGAUUACACUGAACAUUCAGAAGUUCGAGAGUCUCAAUGCAGAGUUGGAGCACAACCAGGAGUUGGCUAAUAGCCGCAUGGCAGAGUUGGAGAAACUGCAGGUGGAGCUCCAGGAGGCUGUGAGGGAGAGUGAGAAGCUCAAGAUGGACUUGCGGAAUAUUCCAGAAGAGGUUGUGAAGGAGACUCUAGAGUACAAAUGUCUGCAGUCCCAGUUCUCCCUGCUGUACAAUGAGUCCCUCGGGGUGAAAACCCAGCUGGAUGAGGCACGGGCCCUCCUGCUCACUGCCAAGAACGCCCACCUCCGACAGAUAGAGCACAUGGAGAGUGAUGAGCUGUCCCUUCAGAAGAAGCUGCGGACUGAGGUUAUCCAGCUGGAGGAUACACUGUGUCUUUUUCUUCUUUAAUCCAUCAGGAAAGCCCAGGAGUCCCAGAAAGAGAUGAAGCUCCUGUUGGACAUGUAUAAGUCGGCUCCAAAGGAGCAGAGGGACAAAGUGCAGCUCAUGGCAGCUGAACGUAAAUCUAAAGCAGAGGUCGAUGAGUUGAGGAUGCGAGUGCGAGAGCUGGAGGAGAGGGAGAGAAAGGAAAGCAAGAAGCUGGCUGAUGAAGAUGCCCUCAGGAAGAUCCGAGUGGCAGAAGAGACCAUUGAGCAUCUGCAGAAGAAACUCGCUGCCACGAAGCAGGAGGAGGAAGCCCUGCUGAGUGAGAUGGAUGUAACCGGCCAGGCCUUCGAGGACAUGCAGGAGCAGAACAGCCGCUUGUUGCAGCAGUUACGGGAGAAGGACGACGCCAAUUUCAAGCUGAUGAGUGAGCGGAUCAAAUCUAACCAGAUCUACAAGCUGCUGAAAGAGGAGAAGGAGGAGUUGGCUGACCAAGUUCUUACAUUCAAAACCCAGGUGGAUGCCCAGCUGCUAGUUGUGCAGAAGUUAGAGGAAAAAGAGGGCAUCCUCCAGAGCACACUUGCCGCUCUGGAAAAAGAGCUGGCUGUCCGGACACAAGCACUAGAACUCAACAAGAGGAAGGCAGUGGAGGCUGCCCAGCUGGCAGAGGACCUGAAGGUGCAGCUGGAGCACACGCAGGCCAAGCUUAAGGAGAUCCAGGUCUCUGUGGCUGAGAACCGCACCGCCCGGGAGAGGGAGAGCAGCAACCUAAAACGAGCACAGGAGGAUCUGUCGAGGCUGAGACGGAAGCUGGAGAAACAGAAGAAGGUGGAGGUGUACUCUGAUGCUGAUGAGAUCCUGCAGGAGGAGAUCAACCAGUACAAGGCCAAGCUGCGCUGCCCCUGCUGCAACACGCGAGACAAGGAGACGGUGCUCACCAAGUGUUUCCACGUAUUCUGCUACGAAUGUCUGAAGAUGCGUUACGACACCCGACAGAGGAAGUGCCCUAAGUGCAACUGUGCCUUCGGAGCCAACGACUUUCACCGCAUCUACAUCACCUAAUUCACAGACAGAGGACUUAAAAGAGAAAACCGAAGAGAGAACCAAAGGAGUGAAACGAAUAGAGAAAAGACAAGACUUUUACUCAAAGAGGCGGACAUUUAGGGGAUAUCAGAUGAGAUGUUUCCCCCGUUUUAAUCUCUCUUCGGAAAGACUUGUUUUACCGGAUCAUUGCCAGUUGGUGAUUUGACCAAACAGAUAGUGACACAUCUGACUGAGUGUUGUGCUGUAGUUAAUAAACACAGUUGUUUUGUGCACACAGUGAUAUUCUUACAUGUUGCGCUGCUCUGCACUGUUUUCCUGUCCUUGCCAUACUUGCCAUGUUAAACAUCCUCUCUUUUAACAAACUGGGCCCACUUUUAAAUAUAUAUUUUUUUAAUGUAUUGCAAAACUUGGAACUGCAGUGGUACAUGGUUGAUCUUAAUGAAGCGUUUCUUUCAAUUGUUUUGUCCUGCUGGUUUUUGGAAAUCCCGUAAAAUCAGUGAAAUUUAAAUUUCAAAAUUAAAAGAAUCCGUGCUUUACAAACUUGAGAACUGCAUGUGCAAAACUAAAUAUGUUUCUAAUUUAUAAACAGACAGAAUUGUGUAACUUCCUUGGUUAGGCUAUAGUAUUAACAAUGCCUGAGAGACCUCAGCUAGUUUGGCACCCAGUCAGCACAUACAGGAGUGUUUGGAUCACCUUGGGCAAGGUCCUCUGUGUGUGUGUGUGUGUGUGUGUGUGUGUGUGUGUGUGUGUGUGUGUGUGUCCUGUUGCCAUGGUUCCUAUUGGAGAAUUUGACACAACAUCUGCAGCUUAUAGUGCCUCAUUACUGAUGAAAUCACUGCAGUGGAAAGUCAGCUCAUAUGGGUGUCCUUAGUGGGCUGUGCUGCUCCAGGUCCUCUUUAAGGUUAGCCGUGACAGAGUACAAAAACAUCUGUUUAACAACAUGCUUCUUACCUAAUUGAGCCAAUGAAACCCCUUUUCCUCAGUUUGGAUGAUGUGAACUAUUUACUGGGAGGUUGGUUAGCGUCUGUUUGACGUUAGCUCUUGUGGGAAAGGCACUUUGCACCAUGUAGCACACAUAAAAUGUUCCAGGCUGCAGAGAAAAAGUUGAUAUGUUAAAAAAAAAAAAAAAAGGUUUAUCAGGCAUUUGGGAGCAGUUAAGUAAGACUUCUUCAAGAAUUGGCUAUUAUGUUCGCAAAAAUUAAGAGUAACUUUGAUUGGUAGUAAUACAUUGGCAGUGGUUGUUUACUCAUAUGAAUGUGCAUAACCUGUCAUAAAUAAAUUAGUAGUUUUGA